AUGAGUUACAACUGUGGGUGUUGUGGUGUUUAUGUGUCGAGUACAGUGUUGUGCAGUGUGUGCGUGCAAGUGACGCUCAGUUGCGGUCCAGGGCGGUUGGCGAAUUGGCGGCGGUACCCGUCGUCGCCGCAUUCCUCUAGAAAACUUGUCCCGCUUGUGUUUCGCCAACAUUCGCCGAAUUCCGGUGAGCGGGCAACAUGUGCCAGCGGUCCCGCCGAGCGGCCUGUGACGCGGAAGGACCCGGAACGCAUGCGGGAACUCGUGCCGAACUAUUCGAGGGACAUAGUUUUCAGAGAUGAAGAAGGCACGGGGGUCGACAGACUAAUGACACAGAGGUGUAAAGAGAAACUGAACACCCUCGCGAUCUCUGUGAUGAACCAGUGGCCAGGUGUGCGGGUGCGAGUGACCCAGGCCUGGGACGAUCUGGGUCGACACCAGCCCGAUUCGCUACAUUACGAGGGACGGGCUGUCGAUAUCACGACAUCCGAUAGAGACAGAUCCAAAUAUGGUAUGUUAGCCCGUUUAGCCGUCGAAGCAGGAUUUGACUGGGUUUACUACGAAAGCAGAGGUCAUAUACACUGUUCAGUUAAAUCAGAAUCAUCUCAAGCGGCAAGAUCAGGAGGCUGUUUCCCAGGAGAUUCGACAGUUCUGGCAAUCUCUGGAGAAAAGCGCAAACUAUCAGAUCUUCAACCAGGUGAGCAAGUUCUCACCUGGGACUCCGAAAGCGGAACACUUCGCUACAGCGAAGUGCUUUUAUUCCUGGACCGAGAUCCAAUAGAUCGACGCACUUUUCUACAAUUGCAUACGAUACAAGGGCACACAUUAACACUCACAGCGUCGCAUUUGGUCCCUGUGGGGUCCAAAAAUACUAGCUCGAAUAUCACAGGGUAUAAAGAAGUAUUUGCGAGAAAAAUAAAAGAAAACGAUCUCGUGCUGGUGCGGAACGAGCGCGGCGAGUUGACGCCGGACGUCGUAAAACGCAUCAAGUACGUGCGGCGAAAAGGAGUUUUCGCGCCUCUGACUGCUACGGGCACCGUAGUCGUAGACAACGUAGUUGCAUCCUGCUACGCCGUCAUAGACAGUCAAACAACCGCCCAUUGGGCGUUUGCACCAGUCCGAUGGUACUACAAACUCAAAUCCAUGAUUGUUGGACAUAGUGACCAAAUUCUUAAAGAAGAGUUUAGGAUACGAAGUUUGAGGAAAAGUAGUACAGGAGUUCAUUGGUAUGCGAGUGCUUUGCAUUCUGUUGCCAGAUCGAUAUUGCCAAAAAGCAUGCUCUAUCAGUGA